ACCUGGACUUAAAACAGACUGUUUGCAGUCCCAGUGUUUAAGUGUUUGUACAGAAGAGAAAUGGAGAUGAGUGAAGAAGAUUGUGCAGAGACAAGAAUUUCAGCAGACAACAAAUCAGUUGUCUUAAAGGGAAAAGAGAAUUCAUAUGAAGAUAUGACUGGAAACAAUAAGAGAACUUCAGCUUCCAAAACAGACAAUACAAGGACCAAAUGCCACGGACUGACUGCAGUGUGUUUGCUGCUGCUGUGUGUUCUCCUGCUGUUUGCCGUCACAGUGCUGUGGAUCAAAUACAACAUCCUGAAUACAGAAAACAACAAGCUACAGACCAGUUACAACACCCUGACCAAAGAGAAUGACCAGUUACAGCAGGAGAGAUCUGCACUGCACAGUGUGCUGUUGAAAUUUGGAUGGAGAUUUUUCAACACGAGUGUUUACAACAUUUCUACUGAAAAGAAGAGCUGGACUGAAAGCAGACAGGACUGCAUAAAGAAAGGAGCAGAUCUGCUGAUCAUAAACAGCAGAGAGGAACAGGAGUUCAUCAGUAAAUAUUUUGGCAGUAUUGAAGCUUGGAUUGGUCUGACUGACAGAGAUACUGAGGGGAAAUUUAAAUGGGUGGACGGUUCACCACUGAACACUGAGUUCUGGUGGGAUGGAGAACCAAAUGAUUUUGAACAGAAAGAGGACUGUGUUAUAACAGGCUAUGCAAAGGCUGAGUCUAACAUGUCGACCUGGGCUGAUUAUCCCUGUGACUUCCCUGUAGUUGGCAUUUGUGAGAUGAAAGCUAACCUCACUAAGAGAUCCUGGAGACGAAAACAGAGAGAGAAAGAGAGACAGAGUGAAAGAACUCCAUAAAUUGUCAGUUGUGGUUAUUGAGGUUUAGCAUUGUUUCCGAAGGUAAUUAACUGGGACGUACACACAGAUGCACA